CUCAGUGUUGCAUUUGUUGUGACAGGUGAUUUGAGUUGUGUGUGCAGAUUUUCUGUGAACGAUUUUGUGUAGAGUCUACAUAUUAUUUUCAGCAAAGUCUCCUAUUCUUCAAUUAUUAUAAGAGAAUACUACAGUAGUUAUCACACCACAGGAUGAUUUUAAUUUUAGAUCAUCUAUUCAUAGCCGAUGCAGGCCCAACCUUCUAAAACUCUAUAGUUGAUUAUCCGCAACAAUUGCUUUAACUCAUGGUGACUAGAUUUACUGUUGCUUGAGCUUACAACGAUAAUUCCGAUUGUCCAACAAACAAUCCUCAGAAAUGACAAAUCAAAUAAACACAGCAAUGGAUAGUCUGAGCGCUGCAUUAAAAUCGAACAUAAUUCCAAAUCAAGAGUACCUUCUGCAAGGCUCGGUACUGGAUAGCGCAGUUGAAGUGUUAUUGCAUCGACUGAGAGGGCUCUGCGAUAACGUCGAUAGUGGACCAGAAUCUUUUCAUGACCAUGAAAUGUGCUUUAGUAUCCGAAGGGGUUCUCCACCGGAACAACCCUUGCUGUUACGAGUCCGUAGAGCUUUGGAUUAUCAGGAGAUGCCUUGGCAAUUGAGAUACAUUGGGCAGCCAGAACUGGGUGACAAAUCUCGACCAACAAUAGUGAGGAGCAGCAUAGAUAUCGCAACGAGUAGUACAGUUGUGGAGUUUCUCACUGAAUUAGGUUGUAGAUUAGAUUUUGAGUACAUUGUUAGGGGUUACAUGUUUCGUAAGGGUAGAAUGAAGGUAACCGUUUCAAAAAUAUUUAAAAUGGGGCAGGGAAAAUUGCCUGAGAGUGUGGAGCCAAUAUCACAAAGUUAUUUAGUGGAAUUAAGUGUAUUAGCUCCUAGUGGACAAGAUGCAAUAGCUGAAGAUAUGAGGAUAUUUGCAGAACAGCUGAAGCCCUUGGUGCAACUUGAAAAAAUCGACUACAAACGACUAGCUCACUAAAAAUUCAAGACGAAGGUGAAGAAAAUGUAAUUCAAGUUCUCCAACAUCUACUCUUUAUGUAUGGAAAAUAAAUAUAUAAUUUCACCAAAUGAAA